AUGGUGCCAACAACACUCGCACCCACUAUCGUUGGAGAAGUUCCAGGCUUUCUGCCCCCAGACACCGUAGGCGAUGACGCAGGUACUUUGAUAUUUAUGCUAGCGAUGUUCUAUAUUAUGAUAAGAGUUGCGGUUUCUAUGCUUGCGUUGCAUCGCCGCGGCGCCGACCAUCACGGGCGGAGUAGCCGAAGAGGGCGAUAUGAAAGGGGAGAUUCGGCAAUCAUGAAGUUGUGUCUUUGGCAUUUGAUAAACGUCGAAAAGCGUAUGGAGCGUUUCAGGGUCAAUAAGGGUGGGUGGUUGGAGGAGGUGAGUUCCUUGAAGAAUAAGCACGGCCCUGCUGCGGCUUUCAACGUCUAUAUGACUCUCGUCUCCAGAUCCAAAUGA